AUGUGGACCGGGGCAUGUGCGGCGCAUGUGGAGGAAACCUGGACGAAGCGCUUCGCUCGAUGCGCGCCUCGCGCGAGGGGCCACGACUCGCGCGUGGUCUUCGUCAGCCACGCGUGGCCCGCUCUGACGGUGCCCUUACGGCUCCAGGAGGCGGGUCCGCGUGCGGACCCGGUGGAGCUGGAGGAGCGCUUGGAAGAACUGUGGCGGAAGAGGACACCUCCAGAUGUGGUGGAGUACGGUCUGGUCAUCCAGCGAUGGGCUCAACAAGGAGACGCAGAUCAUGCCACCUCCCUGCUCCAUCGCAUGCGCGCGACGACCGCGCCAGACGUCCGCAGUUUCAACGCGGCGCUCCACGCAUGCGCCAAAGCCUCGGAGGGCGCCCAGGCGUUGAGUCUCUUGGAUGAGUUGCUUCGCAGUCGCUUGGCUCCGACGGAGGUGACCUUCAACAGCGUGCUCCAUUCCUGUGCUAGGUGUGGAGACGUCGCUCGUGCGCAACACCUUCUCCAAGAGAUGUCGCAGAGGCGCUUGUCGCCGGACGCCAUCAGCUACAAUAGCGCCAUCAGCGCGUGCGCGAAGGCCAACGAUGCCAGGACUGCUCGGGAGCUCUUGCACCAGAUGCCCCGGGCCUUGGUGGACCUGGUGAGCUUCAACAGCGCGUUGUACGCCUCGAUCCGAGCAGGUGAGCUACACUCUGCGGAGGAGCUCUGGUGGGAGCUGAAAACGCAGCACUUGAGGCCGGACGUCAUGACCUACAGCUCCAUGAUCAGCGGUUAUGCCAAGGUGCGGGGCUGCGACCGGGCAGAGGAGCUUUGGCGAAGCAUGCGAGAGAGUCGCGUGCGGCCGAAUGUGGUGACCUACAACGCGCUUCUGGACGCGCGGGUGAACGACCAGCUGGCGCAGGCGGAGGAGCUGCUUGGGGAGAUGAAGCAGGAAGAGGCGGAGACGUCGGGAGUUCCGAAGUUCGGGCUCUGA